UACUUGACCUUUUCCUUCCUUCAUUCUUUCUUUACUUCUUCAUUCGGGAAUAAAAAGGGAAAACAUCCAAAAUCAUCCACAAUGUCCCUCUUCGGCACCUCCAGCGGCUCCACAGAAUCCGCCCCCGCAUCCAACCCCCCCACCCAAUCCCAAACCGCCGCACCAGCCGACAAGCCCAAGCCCUGCUGCGUCUGCAAGACCGAAAAAGCCACCCGCGACGACUGCAUGCUCUUCUCCAAGACGGAAGACCCCACGCAGGAGUGCAAGUCUACCAUCGAUCAGUAUAAGAGCUGCAUGGCUGGGUUUGGGUUCAAGGUUUAGCUUGAUUGCUUUGUUUUGACCUGGUUCAUGCUGUGAUGGUUGGUAUAGGGAUAUAUGAUGGAAAGUGGUGACGGUUGAUGUGUAUACUAUUGUUUUUUGAUUAUUGGAUGGGUUGGUUGGGAUCAAUCUCUCCUGCGGGUUGGCCUUGUACAUUAACUACUGCUUCUUAUGGGGUUGGCGUCUAUGUAUUGAUA